CGUCAAUAGCGUAAUCGUUAUGCAAAUGUAACGUUUUGCAUACUUCUCUGGUCAGCACUUGCCCAUCUAUAGACGUAGGUGCCAAAUGUUGCUAUUGUUACUUUGUUGUUUGUUUAUUUAACCAGGAAAUUCAUGAACUGACCCUUCCUUUACAAAGGUGUCCUAUGAACUGGGGGAACCUAGAAUGGCUGCUCUAGGUACCUGGUCGUUCUCCCUUCCAGCAGUUGAGAAAAUGAAAUCCCUCAUCUUGAAAGGACAGCACUCCACAGACUGCAUUGAAGAGGCCAUCGCAGGUAUUGAAAAUGAUAGAGAGACAGGUCAUUAUAUUGUUGGCAGAGGCGGUUACCCCAACAGAGAUGGACUGAUCCAGUGUGAUGCAGCUGUCAUGGAAGGGACCCCAGGCCGCUUUGGAGCUGUGGCAGCCCUGCAUGGUGUGGGGACCCCCGUGGCAGUGGCUCGCCGCGUCAUGGAGCGGAGCGCUCACAGCAUGCUGGUGGGAGAGGGCGCAGUGACCUUUGCCCAGGAGCAAGGCUUCACUCUGGAGGACAAUGAGAACAUGAUGUCUCCAGAGAGUUCCAAGGCUUAUCAGGAGUUUGUAGAAAAAAAUGACAGAUGCAGAGGACAUGACACAUUAGGUCUGAUUGCUUUGGAUCUUCAAGGAAAUAUAACUGUAGGUGUAUCUACCUCAGGUGCUCCAUUUAAAUCCCCUGGGAGGGUAGGCGACUCUCCACUGCCUGGCUGCGGCCUUUAUGCUGACAACACGGCAGGAGCAGCUGCAGCGACUGGUGAUGGAGAUAAGAUCAUGUGCUUUUGCCCUAGCUUUCACGUUGUUCAGCUGAUGAAGCAGGGGUUAUCUCCUGCCAGUGCUUGUCAGACGGUUGUCAAUGAUAUUCAGAGAAGGAUUGGAAAGGGUGCCAUGUUUGAAUUUGGGCUGAUGGCAAUGAAUAUGAAGGGUGAUGUUGGAGCUGCAUCCUCAGUGGAGUUCCCAUAUGCAUUCUGGCAUCAAGGAAGCAACACCGUUGAACAAAAUAUUCAGUUGCCACUUCAAGAAUAAGCCAGCACUUCAUAUCUUUAAGGAUCUUGAAAGACACCCAGAUGACAUCUGUGCUGUCCUACAAAACCAAAUAAUUUUUUUUUUGAUUGUUUGUUUGUUUAUGGUUAAAAAGAGAAAGGGAGUGUGACAUGACAGUUAAAGCCAGUACUUGAUAUGUAUUCCUUUUUUUAAAUCUAGAAAUCAGAGUGAUGUUUAUUGUGUUUAAAAUUGAUAGGUUUUUGCUCUUGACUGGAGGCAGAAUUGUUCUGCCUUGACACCCGGAUCUUCAGUUCUAUGCCCAGCUUACUUGUAUGUUUUGGUUUAUGUUUUAUACCAGUUUAAAAAAUAAGUUAUUGGGAUCUGUAUUGAAUCAAAAUGAUCUUCAGUACUCCUGGUCAGUGAGCAGGUAGAAAAACAGAGAUUAAAUUAAAUAUAUUUAUUACCUAAGACUCUUUUUUUAAUUAAAAUAUUUUUAAUCUCUGCAGUGAAUUUUUAUAUUGCUAUAUGUAUGUUUGUGAACUGUAUAAAUCCUCUGGAUGAAUUUGUUAAUGACAUAUUACAGAACCAGUGUAUGAACACUUUAUUGAGAACAAUUAGGAGAUGUUACGCACAGGCUGGGAACCCUACAGUUCCCCGAGCAAUUAAAAUGUAAAUUAGUCUGCUGCAAAAUACACAGAAGCAAAGAUUCACAAAACUAUGAAGGGUCAGUCGUGAUACACUAGAGAUAGUGUGCAUGGCAUAAACAUUUAACAGGACACAAUGAGUCAAUGCAAGAGAUUUUGCUAUGCAAGGUGGAAGGCGAUCUUCCAGCAUCGAGCAGUUCUUGCAGAAACUGCAAAAUGACUGGCACAGGUUCCAGGUGCC